AGAUCCUACGGAAGAAGCACAGGCAUUCUGGUGGUGGCAGUUACCAACCGGACGGUUCUCCGGUGGGGGCGGGGCGCCAGAGCUAAGGGAAGCGUCCUGAGUCACCAUGGAAACAUCGAGGCCCAGAGGCUGUCCUAGAGGACGGAAGGAAUCCCAGGAAAUCUGCUCCCCUGGAUUAUUGGUGUUCACCGGCUGCUCUGAGCAGGAUGCCAACUUGGCUAAGCAGUUUUGGCUCCGGGCGUCCAUGUACCCCACUACCGAAUCUCAGCUGGUGCUGACUCGAGGCAGCAGUCAGAGGCUACCGGUGGCGCGGAACUCUAAAGUCCUUGUGAGUGAGACAAGUUCUCUCCAGCCCUUUUCCUUUGAUAACAACAAGGAUGCGAUUAUCUUUGCUAAAGCCCAAAAGAUUCAGGAAUCUGAAGAGAGAGCAAAGUAUCUCCAGCAGGCCAAAAAGAGAGAUGAGAUUCUCCAACUUUUAAGGAAACAAAGGGAAGAGAGGAUCGCGAAAGAACUGAUUUCAUUACCUUAUAAACCUAAGGCCAAAGUGCCCAAAUCAAAGGAAGUUUUAUCAGAGUCAGACCUUCGGGACCAAGAAGAAGUCAAAGCCUUGGAAUGAUUUGAUUGACAUUUGGUAGCAAGUGACUGACGUGAUCACCCUUAAAGCAAGUUAUGCUUACAUCACGAUCAGUAGGUAAAAGGUGUGCAGAUUUCCAAGAAUUUGACAAUUACUGAACAUUCAUGUUAAAAUAGACUAAAAUAAAAUUUCAUAUUUCA